AUGUUGUGCCUUAAGUUGCUGCUCGUAUACAUUUGAGAAUUGUUUGUCUUAUAUGCACCCGUCGCAACGCGAAACCAACCUAUGCAUCAAACUCCCCUGAACUUUUGUGGCAUUUCUUUGAUCUGACAGACAGGAAUAAUAGAAAACCUAAAUAAUGGCAGAUUGGAACGCAUACUUCCCGAAGGAGGAGGAUGAAGUGGAACAAGAGGAAGGGGAGGAAGGGGCAGCGGAUUACAAGAACAGUGGGCGUGAUAGCCUGGUGUUUCUAGUGGACGCGUCCAAGGAGAUGUUCGUCAAGGGAGAAGAUGGAGAGCUUUCAAACUUCGAUAUGACCAUACAGUGUGUGCGAAGUGUUUACACCAGCAAGAUCAUAAGCAGUGACCGAGACUUAGUGGCCCUGAUAUUCUAUGGUACAGAACAGAGCAAAAAUCCAAGGAAUUCUUUCAAGCACGUUUAUGUCUACCACGACCUGGACUCACCUGGAGCACGGCGUGUACAAGAGUUGGACAGUUUACGUGGAGAGAAAGGCGCUCAGGUGGCGGCAGAUACCAUGGGCAGUGGGGAAACCUCUUUGGGAGAGGCUCUGUGGUGCUGCUCUAACCUCUACAGCGACAUCAAGCUACGGCUGUCGCACAAACGCCUCAUGAUUUUCACUUGCAGGGACAACCCCCAUGAUGGAGACAGUGCACGAGACAGACAGGCACGUGCCAAAGCUGCUGACCUGAAGGAGACAGGUGUAAUCAUAGACUUGAUGCACCUUACGAAGCCGGGUGGGUUUGACGUGUCCCUCUUCUUCUGCGACAUCGUGAGCCCUCCUGAGGAUGAGAGCGAGCUUGGUCUGCAGCUAGGGCCUUGUGGGAAACUGGAGGACCUCCAAAAGAGGGUUAGAGCCAAAGAGAUGAAGAAAAGAACUCAGAGCAGGCUGACUUUGUCAUUAGGAGAGGGAAUGAAUGUGGCAGUGGGUGUGUACGUGUUGGCCAGAACCGCUACCAAACCUGCCGCAGUCCGACUCUACAGGGAUACCAACGAACCAGUCCGUACCAAGACGCGUCUCUUCCACACACACACUGGCAGCCUGCUUCUGCCGAGUGACACCAAAAGAGCACAGGUGUAUGGCAGGAAGCAGAUUGUGAUGGAGAAGGAUGAAGUUGAUGAGAUUAGGAAAUUUGAUGAUCCCGGUCUUGUCCUAAUUGGGUUCAAACCAAUGAGUCGGCUUAAACUGCACCACCACAUCCGGCCCUCCCACUUCAUAUACCCCGAGGAAGAGCAGGUUACAGGCAGCUCCUGUGUGUUUGCUGCACUACUGCGCAGGUGUAGUGAGAGGAAUGUGUUCGCUUUGUGCAAGUACACCCCUCGACGUAAUACUCCCCCUCGCUUUGUGGCCCUGGUUCCCCAGAGAGAGGAGGUGGAUGAGAAUCAAUCUCAGAGUGUACCUCCAGGUUUCCAUGCCAUUUUCCUGCCUUACGCUGAUGAUAUUCGCACCCUGGACGUCCAUGAGUCUCCUACUGCCUCUGAUGUGCAGAUCGACAAGAUGAAAGAAAUCGUGCAAAAGCUCCGUUUCCGAUACAGGAGCGAUGCAUUUGAAAACCCAGUCCUGCAACAGCACUACAGGAAUCUGGAGGCCUUGGCACUAGAUCUGCUGGCACCUGAAGGCAUAGAGGAUUUUACAAUGCCAAAGGUUGAUAUGAUGGACCAGCGCCUCGGCCCUCUCGCCCAGGAGUUCAAGGACCUCGUGUAUCCUCCUGACUACAACCCUGAGGGCAAGCCCGCUGCCAAACGCAAACCAGCUGAGGCAGGAGGGGGUGGCGCUGAGAAGAAGCCCAAAGUUGACGUUACGCCAGAAGAGUUGAGAGCGCACGUGGCAAAGGGCACCUUGGGCAAGCUAACAGUUCCUGUGCUGAAAGAGGCCUGCAAGCAGUUUGGAGUACGAACCACAGGGACCAAGAAACAAGAGCUCAUAGAUGCUCUGACAGAAGAGUUAUCCAAAUAAGCAACAUAAUACACUAACGGCCCUGCCUGUUUGCUGUUGGGGCAGUUUAUGUGAUUUUACUUUGGGU